AAGUACGUCAGUAUUAUUUCGUAAAUCUGACGUACAUCCUUGGUGUUUACAUUUUUAUUUGCACGUUGGACUUCUCUGCCUUUCAUUUUAUCAGAUAUUUCUGUCAGAACAAGAACUUUAAGCAACUAUGAUGUUAAGUAAUACUUCAAAAGUAUGUUUGACUGCAAUAAGAAAGCAGACGAUCACUCCAUGUCUUAAAUCGAAGAUGGUUGCUUCACAAUUGCCAAAAUUUGUGACUGGCCGAGAAUUCUCCAAUGCUAUCGAAAAGACGUCCGCUUUCUCAUCAGAUGAACCAAAUGAAAAACACAGCACAAUUCCCCAACAUCACCUUUCAUCAUUGGACAAAUUCACUUUAAAAUGGUUUGGGAACUUUAAGGGUGAAAUCCCUAAUGAAGUCAGUUAUCCCGUAAUGGAAAAAGCUGAUUCAAAACGUCGUAUAGCUACAAACCUUUUCUUGGUGGCAUUCUGUGGCUUUGGCUCCAUGCUGGUUGUGUACAAUGUAAAGAAGGACCUGAAAAAUGAUGCUCAACAAAAUAUUUAUGAACAAAACAAACAAAGAUAUGAAAACGACAAGCACUAAGACUACUUACAUAUCUUAAUAUACGACAAUGUACAUUAGUAAAAUAUUGUGGGUAGAUUUUACCAUUGCGAUGCAAUGGAUGUUUGUUUAAAAUGUGUAAAAAUAUACAAAAACUUUUAUGUUUUCUAAUA